UGUCAAUUCCAGUGACAAAAAAGGAAAAGAGAUGAUAAGUACUAAAGUAACUUGAAACAAACGUAAGCUCCAGCUUCCACCAUCGCCACGAUGUCAAUCUACACCCUCCCCAACGAAAUCAUCGCUCUCCUGCCGGCCUACCUGAACAAUAUCGAAACCUUCACCAACGCCUCGUCGGCCUGCAGGCUGUUCCGCGACAACUUCGCGACAGCCUCGCCGAAAACCAUCCUCCAGCUGGCGGCGGCUUCGGCGCCGACGUUCUUCUCGCCGCACCCGCACUUCCUGGUGGCCGCGACCGCACGGCAAGCCAGCGCGUGGGUGCUGCAGGACCCAGCCACACGCACGCCGCUCCUCCACCAAGCCCUGCGCGGCGGCAUACCGGGGCUCUACGAAUUCUGCCUGGAGCACGCGGGGCUCACUUUGGCCGAGAUCCGGCGGCUGCACCUGGCGCGCUUCGACAUCCUCAACCCGCUCUCGGACCGCAUCGACAAAAUGGCCGGCAGGCAGUGGUACCAGACCGAGCAUUUCUGGGACGGCGGCGUCAGCGAGCCGUGGACGAUCCAAACGGAGGCCGACCGCGCCACGUUCCAGAUCGUGAUCUACGGCGAGCUGUUCGGACCCGAUAUGGAUGCGUUUCUGGCCGCCGGUAGACGCACCCCGGACAAGCCGGUGCACUCGAUCGAGACGCGGCUCGAGUUCAUCAAGUACUGUGUGCCGGAUGCCAUGUGUUUGAAGGGGUAUCGGGGCUUUGCACAGCCGGAAAAUUCGGGCCCGUAUGCUAACCUGGAGGACCCCUGGGCCUUGCCGGGUGACCAGGUCGCGUUGCAGCAUAUCCUCUCGUGUCGCCGGUGGCGACGCAUGUGGGCGGACGCCAUGCGCAUGAUUUCUCGGGAUGAGGCCGACGGCAAGAUCGAGGAUAAUGUGAAUGAGGAGUCGUGGCGCACGAAGCUGUGGCGCGAUGCCUUGCUCGUGCAGGGCCUGUGGGGAAUGCAGCUUGUCACCUUGCCCGAGGCGAGGGUGGCCAAGGAAUGGCUCGACAAGGGCCGGUGGCUGCGCGAGCAGAUCUGGAAGCUGGACGGUCCGCUGGAGACGCGCGCCAUCGGCGAGCCGUGGGAAGAUCCGGUGUCGCUGGCGCCGGAUCCCAGCCAGGAUGUUUUUGUUUGUAUGGCGGCGCUUUGGCGGAUGUAGUUUAGUUUACAUGUACAAUAAAGCUACUAAUUCUACGCGGGUUUGCCGGGGG